UUUAUUCAACAAUAUUAAGAAGACGCUAAAUUUUUCGUUCACCGAGCAGACAAAGAUAUCCUUCCAACUUAUAUAUCUCAGAUCUGGAUGACAGAACAAUAUUUAUACAAACAAAACCGGACAUAUAUAUAGCCAUCGCUAUAAAUUCUCUGUCUGCAUCGUUUUAUUUACAGAAAGAAAUGAUAGAGCGAGAUCUGCAUUAAUAAAAAGUUUCUGGAGCGGAAUUCAGUGGAGCGAAAAUGGAAACCCACGAGGAGACCAAUGAUGGGCUUGCAGAGAAAGUUAAAAACAGAGGUUCAUCUUAUUCUUCAGCAUCUCCCAUUGCCGUCGUUUUGAGCUUCUGGAAAGAGUUUGAUCUUGAGAAUGAGAGAACUAAGCUUGAUGACCAGGGGUUAAAAAUUGCUGAGAAUCAAGAAACUAGUCUGAAGAAUAGGCGGAAACUUGCUGAAAGUACACGAGAUUUCAAGAAAGCUUCAAAUGAGGAAAAGUUAAACCUUUUCAAUUCUUUACUUAAAGGAUAUCAAGAAGAGGUUGAUAAUCUUACAAAGCGAGCAAAGUUUGGAGAAAAUGCCUUUCUGAAUAUUUACCAGAAAUUAUAUGAAGCUCCUGACCCAUGCCCUGCUCUUGGGUCCACUACUGAACUUGCUUCAAAGGUUGCUGAAUUGGAAUCUGAAAAUCGUAAGAUGAAACAUGAGCUUGAGGAGUUUAGAGCUGAAGCUGCCCAUCUAAAAAACCAGCAGUCCACUGUUCGUAGGCUUGAAGAGCGUAAUCGCCAAUUGGAACAACAGAUGGAAGAGAAGGUGAAAGAAAUUGUUGAUAUCAAGCAACGAACUUUGGCUGAAGAGAACCAGAAAACUCUUGAGGUGUUGAAAGAAAGGGAGAUGCUACUACAAGAGCAGUUGCGAACAGCCAAGGAAAGCGUUUCAAAUAUGCAGAGAUUGCAUGAAUUUGGCCAGAGCCAAUUGUUUGAGUUCCGUGCACAAUCAGAUGAAGAUAGAGCAGCAAAUCAAUCUGAACUCAAUCUCCUUACAGAUGAAGUUGAACGAGCUCAGGCCAGGCUAUCAAGCUUGGAAAGGGAAAAGGAGCAAUUGCGAUCCCAACUUCAGGCAGUUAACACUCAGGAAACUCAGGAUAAGGAAAGAGAAGAACUAGAUACAAGCAAAAGUCUCGAAGCUUCUUUAAGUGCAAAGGAGAAGAUAAUUUCGGAGCUUCAUGCAGAACUUCAUAAGUUGGAAACAACAUUGUCAAAUGAACGAGAACAAUACUUGGAUGAGACUAAGAAGUUGAAUAGUCUUUUACACGAAAAGGUAAUAGCUAUUGAGAAUCUGGAAAAAGAGCUGCAAGAAAGACCAACAGCGAAACAAGUGGAAGAUCUUCGUAAGCAAGUCAAAAUCCUACAGGCUGUGGGUUAUAAUUCUAUUGAGGCUGAAGAUUGGGAAGUGGCUACUAGAGGUGAGGAUAUGAGCAAAUUGGAGACUCUGUUACUCGAUAAAAAUCGGAAGAUGGAACAUGAACUAACUCAACUGAAGGUCAAAAUAUCUGAAAAAACAGUUGCAGCUGAAGCAUCAGAAGCUAAAGUGAAAGAGCUUGGUAUGAAGGUUGAUGAACAACAGAAAUUAAUUUCAAAGUUAGAGGAAGACAUAUUAAAGGGAUAUAGCUCUACUGAUCGAAGAUUGGUAAAGCCAGAUGAUUGGGAUCUACCAGAACUUGGAAUUUCUGAAAUUCUAGAGAAAAAUGAACAUAAAAGAGUUCAAGUGGAUGAGGAGCAGAAUUCAAUGCUACAGGUUAUUUGCAGUCAACGUGACAGAUUUAGGCAACGUCUAAGGGAAGCUGAAGAGGAUCUGAGACAAGCCCAAGAAAAUAUAAAGGUCCUUGAAGCAGAAUUGGAAAAGAGUAAAGCAGAUAAUGUCAAGCUGUAUGAAAAAAUUCGUUACAUACAAGAUUAUACAAAAGAUUGGCCUAUUUCUCGAGCGAAAAGGCGUGCUGAUGACAUAGAGAGCGGUUUCAGUUCAGAUAUAGAAUCGAAGUAUAAGAAGAUAUACGAAGAUGACAUAAAUCCUUUUGCUGCAUUUUCAAAGAAGGAAAAGGAACGUAGAUAUAAGGAACUUGGAAUAAGAGACAAAAUUACUCUUACUAGUGGACGAUUCCUUCUUGGGAACAAGUAUGGCAGAACUUUCAUUUUUUUCUACUCCAUAGGCCUUCAUCUCCUUGUUUUUGCAAGCCUGUACAGAAUGUCAGCUCUAAGUUACCAGCGUAUUGACAAAAGUGGAGGUUUAAAGUCUGACAAUGGUGGUGUAAAAGUCAUUAAUGUGACAAUGCCUCAUUCCACUUGAGUUUUGCUAUAAGAAUGGCAACCGCCAAGUCCUGUAGAGAUCUGGCCUGUUAAAAGCAAUUAUGCUUUAGUGUUUUUUGGUGGCUUGUAUAAUUCAACAUUAGAAGUUUUCUGGUCUGGAAAUCUGUAAACAGCUUUGUUUAUAUUAUUAAAUGUUUUAAGUAGGAAGCAGUACAUGCAGAGUGUAGUGUCACAUGAAAUGGCUUGCUUUGCUGUAAAACACAGGUAUUCUGAAUGAAUAUCUGGAAAGAUCAGGUUCAAUUUUUUAUUUUAAGAACUGCAAUUUGUUCUGGGAAUUGCUAGUGUAUUAUAAUUCUUUAUUAUUCAUUAUUCUUUGUGAAUUUUAUUUAAUAUUUUCCCUUGUUUUA